AUGGAUUCAAACAAGAUACACGUGCAAGCAGUGCAACUACUUCAACUUGGAGUUGAUAAUCAAACUCAUGCCAUCACUAAAGGACGAUUUCAACUCUUGCAAAAUUACUGGAAUAAAUGCCAGGAGAAUGCCGCUAUCAUUGAGGCAGUAGCAACCGACGCAGACGCGGCACAGCUUCCCUUCUUCAAGAGCAAGCUGCUAGACAAGGCGGAGGUCUCGUACAUGCAAGCCUACGACUUCUUUCAAGAAAAACUCGAGGCAUUCAACGUCGCUUCAAUUUCCAUUCCUGUACCAACGGCGGCCGCAACGACGUCCAUCAACGAGAUCCGAUUGCCGAAGAUCAACUUGCCUUCUUUCUCCGGGCAAUACGUCGACUUUCUUAACGAGUACGAAGAGCUCGGGCAUAUGCAAAAAAUCGAAAACGUGCAACGCUUCUUUCAACCGACGUUUCUACCUCAUCAUCCAGUUAUUCGCGAGGACAAUACUACAACCAAACUUCGUGUAGUGUUUAAUGCCUCGGCAAAUACCUCGAAUAACACUUCUUUGAAUGACCAUCUUAUGAUUGGUCCAAAGUUGCAAGCCGAUCUUCCGGCGAUUAUUCUUCAAUGGCAGUCCAUUGAUUUUCUGCUCACGGAACAAUCAUUCACCAUCGACGCGAUCAAUCGCAGUUUGGUGAAUGUCAAGAAGCUGUCCAAAGCACAGACAACUGUAAUCAAACUGGAGAGCCGAUUGAAGAAGCUUCACGAUCAAUGGUCAUCGUGCAAGGCUAUUCAUGUGAGGAUUCUGCAUGCAGUCACGCCCAAGGAAAAAAGCGAACUUCCAUACUUCGUCAAGGAGGAAUUCUAUGCUGCGGAAGAAACGUAUGACGUCACCGUGGACCUGAUCAACGAAGCCAUCAAAAAGCUAAGUCCAACCCCUCCUACGCAUAAUACGAGCGAUCGAUCGUCUAUUUUUGAUUCCGACACGCGUCGUCCGAUACAUUUGCCGCGCAUUUCAUUGCCUAAAUUCUCCGGCAAAUUUACGGAGUGGGAAAAUUUUAAAGGUAUUUUCGAGUCAUUAGUGACUAAUAACGAUUGUCUGUCAAAUACAGAAAAAUUACACUAUUUAAAAACAAGUGUCACCGGUGACGCAGCGCGAUUAAUAGCGAAUAUUCGAAUUGCGGAUGAAAACUAUGCUGCUACGUGGCAACUGCUAACCGACGAAUACGACAAUAAGUUUGCGAUCAUUCAAUCUCACAUCCAUGCAUUUGCGGAACUCCCGAUAAUGCGAUCGGAAACCGCCGCGGAAUUACGCCAACUUCGCGACUCAGUAGCAGCAUCUCUCGCUGCUUUAGACAGCCUUGAUCGGCCGGUCAAAUCAUGGGAUGAUCUACUCGUUUAUUUGAUAUCACGCAAAUUUAGUUCUAAAACUAAAACCGAAUGGAAUUUAAAAUGUGGUAGCCUGUCGGAAUGCCCGACUUAUAAAGAAAUUCAUGAUUUUAUGACCGUACGCAUCCGUGGACUGACCGAUCAGGGCAUGUCAAUAGAAAAUUCGGCGUCCAAUUCUCGCAAUGGAAAACCGCGCGGUACCGUCAAUAAUGUAAUUACAUUAAACUGCGUUGAAUGUUCCGGAACUCAUUGGCUUUCGAAAUGCGAUAAAUUUCUCGCACGAUCGAUAGAUCAACGAAUUAAUUUUAUCGACCAGAAACAGUUGUGUCGAAAUUGCUUCCGGAAAGGUCAUUCCGCGAACGUCUGUAUGUCACGAGGUCGAUGCUUACGAUGUCAGAAACGACAUCACACGACAUUACAUAAAUUAUUUAAAGCCGAAUCGAAGGAUGACGCGUCUCAGCAAUUACCCGACACGAAAUCAGAGACACUCGUACAAAGGGCGUCUCCCGUCACAGCUACGGUACAAUCCGUAUCGCCGAAAACGCGCUCGCCUGCGAAUAUUCUCCUCGCUACUGCGUGGGUAAUCGUGCGGACACAAGAAGGACGUACUACACUGGUGCGUGCCCUUCUGGAUCAGGGAUCCACAUACAGCUUCAUAAGCGAAUCUUUAUGUCAAACGUUGCGAACCAGGCGUCAACGCGCUAAUCUGCAGAUUCGAUGCUUCGGGGAAAAAUACAGCGGGUCGGCUCGCUCGCGGGUUCACAUAUCUCUCUCUCCAAGUUUCAAUCCGCGAAAAUCCGUCUCGUUAUGGGCAUACGCCUAUGAAAAAAUCACUUCAUACGCUUCCUCUCAGAUCCGGGAAAUAAAUUCAUGGCCACAUUUGCGCGGAUUGCAACUUGCAGAUCCUGAUCCGUCGAGCGCCCACCAAAUUCAUUUACUAAUCGGGGCCGAUUUAUACGGUGCUCUGCUAAUCGGUGACAUUCGUCAUGGCCCGCCUGGGACCCCGACAGCGCAGUCCACUCUGUUCGGCUGGAUACUCUCCGGACCAACAGGCCCCACGGAUGCAACUCAUCCUCCGGCUGACGUUCACAAUUGCGUCGUUGAAGACGACCUCGCUCCCGUCAUCCAACAAUUCUGGACAGACGAGACAAUUUCUGAUUCCAAGCCUCCGCUAACGGAGGACGAACAACGUUGUGAGCAACAUUUUGCUGCAACUCACAAGCGCGACGUACAUGGCCGCUACGUGGUACGAUUGCCGUUUAAGAAUGGCUCACCGCCGAGUAUAGGUGAAUCAUUUCAAAUCACUUCAGUGCUUCACGCCAAAUUAACAAAUCGGCUGUCACGACAGUCUGAAAUUAGAACGCUCUAUCAUGCGUUUUUAGCAGAUUACGAGGAGCUGGGUCACAUGACCCAGAUCAAACCCUCCACUUCUAAUCUUUCGGACGCGGCUUACAUACCGCAUCAUGCUGUCCUUCGCGAACACAGUACCACCACGAAACUACGCGUGGUGUUCAAUGCUUCCUGCCGUACAUCAAACGGCACUUCAUUAAACGACCAUCUUAUGAUCGGUCCAAAACUCCAACAAGAUUUAGCCGCAAUAGUUCUUCGCUGGCGAUUAUUUCAAUACGUGUACACAGCUGACAUAGCGAAAAUGUACAGACAAAUCUCGGUCCAUCAUGAAGAUCGAGAUUAUCAGCGAAUACUGUGGCAACCCCCGGGUUGUGCACAUAUCAAUCACUACCAAUUAAAUACCGUUACAUACGGCACCGCUUGUGCUCCAUAUUUAGCCAUGCGCGUAUUGCAACAACUAAACGAGGAGGACGGGCACGAGUUCCCCCUCGCACAAACGAUUUUUCGCGACUCAAUCUACGUUGAUGAUACUCUCUUCGGCGCGGAUGAAAUCUCCGACGCCAUCAAAACUCGAGAUCAACUCAUUGCGCUCAUGAAGCGUGGCCAGUUUGAUCUACGCAAAUGGACUGCAAACUCUUCGGAGUUGCUGGCAGACAUUCCGCUUGAUAGGCGGCAAUCGGAUCUCGCUAUUAAAAGCGAUGACUCACUGAAGGUGCUUGGGCUGUCUUGGUCGCCGCACACUGAUUCAUUCUGUUUUAAGGUAUCUUCUGGCACCUCUGGUGCGAACACAAAACGCUCAGUCUUGUCGUUGAUUGCAAAGCUAUACGACCCACUCGGAUGGGCGUCGCCCGUAGUAAUUACGGCUAAAAUUUUGCUUCAAGAGCUCUGGCUCGCAAAAAUCGACUGGGACGAUCCGCUCCCCCCUGAUCUUCUCCAGCACUGGAUUUCAUACUAUUCUGAUUUACCCAAGCUCGAAACAAUUAAAAUUCCACGAUGGACAGGUUCGCAUCGAGAUAAUUUAGGAAUGGAACUACAUGGUUUUGCCGACGCAUCAAAGCGUGCGUACGCCGCUAUGGUGUAUUUGCGCGUUCUCAGAUCCUUUGACGACGUUCAGAUUACGUUGCUAUGCGCUAAAACCAAGGUUGCGCCUCUUAAGACGCUCAGUAUCCCUAGACUUGAACUCAACGCAGCAGUUUUACUCAGUCGACUGAUUAAAUGGAUUUAUCGGUCUUUCAAUCUGUCAAACGUUCCUGUGUACGGUUGGACGGACUCCACUGUUACCCUAGCUUGGAUAACUCAACACCCUUCAAGGUGGCGUACUUAUGUCGCCACUCGCGUAUCGGAAAUCCAAACCACUCUUCCCACAAUUAAAUGGCAUCAUGUCAAAUCAGCUGAGAAUCCGGCAGAUUGCGCCUCGCGCGGCUUGUCUGCUACCGAAUUUAUGAAUCACUCUUUGUGGUUUUCUGGACCGUCCUGGCUCCGCACUCAUUCUUCGACGUGGCCAAUUCAAUCGACAAGCAAAGACAUAUCGAUUAACGCUUUACUGGAGGAAUCCUCCUCGGCGUCGGUGCAUCUUACCGACAAUGUCACUACAUGGAAUCUCCCGAACGACAUUUCAACAUGGACAAAAUUGAUACGGGUUACAGCAUAUCUAUUUCGAUUUGUAACCAAUUUACGCAACCGAUUACAGGGGACUUCAUUGAAUCUUUCGUCUUUAGAAGCGGCCGAACUCCAUCAUGCCGAACACUUUUGGCUUGAACAAGUUCAACGCCAACUGUUUUCUUCAGAAUUGUCAGCGUUAAAACGAAAAGUUUCUAUUUCAAAAUCAAGCCGACUAAGCUCGUUACGCCCAUUUCUUGGGCAAGAUCAAUUAAUACAUCUAGGUGGGCGGUUGAAGAACGCUCUGUUGCCCUAUUCGGAAUGUCACCCGAUCAUUCUGGCUGAUCAUCGAAUCGUACAGUUGCUGAUUGCUAAUGCACAUACGGCCGCCCUUCAUGGCGGCACUCAGUUAACGCUUCGCAUAUUACGGCAACGUUAUUGGAUAAUUUCCGCUCGUUCUCAGGUUAGAAAGUACAUUCGAAGCUGCAUUACUUGUGAGCGGCACCGAGCCGUCACCGCAGACCAACUCAUGGGUCAAUUGCCCGAACACAGAGUUGCGCCGUCCGCAUCGUUCACCUGCACCGGCGUUGAUUAUGCCGGACCAAUACCCUUGACCUUGCGGGCAGCGCGCGGUCAAAAGACCAUGAAGCACUACAUUGCAAUUUUUGUAUGCUUCACUACUAAGGCAAUUCAUCUCGAAUGUGUAGAUGAUUACUCGACAGAAGGUUUUCUCGCUGCCCUGUCUCGCUUUACAAGUCGACGUGGGCUUCCAUCCCACAUUUACAGUGAUAACGGCACGAACUUCAUAGGUGCCGACAAGGAGCUGCGAAAUGCUUUCCGCGUUAUUAUUCAGGAUCCUAUUCUGAAAAGUCAAAUUGCCAAUGACCGCAUUACCUGGCACUUCAACCCUCCGGCAGCACCGCACUUCGGCGGGGUAUGGGAAGCCAAUGUAAAAAACGUGAAGUAUCACUUGAAACGCGUAAUCGGUACGCAUGUGCUAACUCGUGUCGAAUUUCAAACUUUAUUAUGCAGAAUCGAAGCGUGCCUAAAUUCAAGGCCAUUGACGCCAAUGUCGGAUGAUGCUUCGGACUUUACCGCGUUGACGCCUGGUCAUUUUCUGAUCGGUCGACCGCUCGUCAGCGUUCCCGAACAAUCUGUAUCAACGAUACAUCUUAACGCACUUAGCAGAUGGCAGCUUGUGCAGAGACUGCACGAGCAGUUUUGGCAUACAUGGUCUCACGACUAUUUGCAUUCCCUCCAGCAGCGAAGCAAAUGGCGUGACUCCAAGCAGAAUCUCGCGAUUAAUGAUUUUGUUUUAAUCAAAAAUAACGUACUCCCUCCUGCAAAAUGGAACCUUGGUCGAAUCGUCCAAGUGCACCCAGGCGCGGAUGGUCUCGUUCGCGUAGUAACUGUUCGUACAGCAACCAGCUUACUUCAGCGCCCUAUUACUCAACUAUGCAAGCUGCCAAUUGCUAACUGUGAUUCUUUAUCGCGCUCUACGACUCAGUCGAUUUCUGUAAAAUAA